AUGGCAGACGAAAUUUGUUCAAUAAUUACCGCCGUUCGUAACGAACAAACUGAUCCAGACAGAAGUGGUCUUGUUAAUUCUUACCUUGACAUUGUGGAAUAAACUGUGACAUCUCAACACCAAAUAAUCUUAAACUACGAAGAAUUAGUUAAGAAGCUAGAGAACUAACUCAUCACAUGUCAAUAGGCUUUAGAUGAGAGUACUAAGCGUGAGAUUGAGCAGAUAGGCUUGAUAAUGGAAAUGAAAAUGGCUUCAGCCAAAGCACAUCUCGAUGGUGGAAAGGAUAGUGAUUAGGAAUGUGAAACUUGCGAGGCCUAUGAAUAGGAGAAUAAGCUACUUACUUAGCAGAAUGAAUAGCAACAAGAGAUCAUUGAAAAGCUUGGACAGGCUUAGGAUUUGCUAAUGCUUUAGUACAAGAUGCUGGAACUUGGAAUGGACAAUGAAUUGAAGAAUAUAUAAUUAGCCUAAGAGGAAAUCGAAGCUCUUAAAGGUGGAGCAGCUGAUGGUGAGGAUUAGGAUGAAGAAAAUAAAGAGAAGGAAAAUGAGGAAAAGUAAGAUUAGGAUGCUGAAAAUAAUGGAGACAGUGAUUUACAAGAAACUGCUCCUGGCUAAGAUGUUGACGACAUUAAAAAAGAUGAUUGA